UCUUCUUCUUCUUCCUCCUACUUGAAUAUCACAAUUGAGUUGGUUGAGCACAGCCCUUGACCCCGCCAUUUGUAACAGACCAACCUUCCUCACCUUCACAGUCACAUAUACAAUGCUACUAGGCAGCUCCAUAUCCAAACACGUAUCUGCUGCCGGAGAAUUUUUCCCGCUGACUUCUGUAAUUACGAGGAAGACGAAGAGGGAAAUCCAAGUCCUAUGCACCAAGUCAAUAGUUCACCAUGAAAGUCUCAAGGUACUGGAAUGGGACAAGCUUUGCGAUUCCGUCGCCUCCUUUGCUCGCUCUCCUCUCGGCCGUGACGCCACCAAGGCUCAAUUAUGGUCUCUUGACCAGACAUUCGAGGAUAGUUUGAAACUUUUACAAGAAACAAAUGCUUGUAUCGAGAUGCACAAGCAUGGCGGUUUCGCACUUGACUUAACUUCUCUCCAUCUUUCGCUGGUCAAAUCUGCUAUUCAACAUGCUCGAAGGGCGUUACCGCUUGAGGCAAAGGAGGGAAUCGCUGUUGCUUCUCUGCUACUAUUUGUGGAUGAUCUGCAGCUUAGUCUGAAAGGUGCCAUCAAGCAAGAUGCAGAUUGGUAUACACGUUUCAUGCCUGUAACUAAAAUGAUUAUGCAACAAGUAGUAAAUCGAUCACUAAUUAAGUCAAUACAGCAAGUUAUAGACGAUGAUGGUUCUGUUAAAGACUCCGCGAGUCCGGCCCUAAAACGAUCUCGUGAUCAAGUUCGGAUUCUUGAAAGAAAGUUAUAUCAAUUAAUGGACAGCCUCAUAAGGAACAAAAAGAAUGAAGAAUCUUUUUUGGAAGUGAGUAAUAUUGAUGGGAGAUGGUGUAUAAAAUCAGGGGCUGAUCAGAUUAUAAAUAUCAAGGGUCUUCUGCUCUCCAGAUAUUUACGAGCAAGAGAAUCAGUUGCAAAGGCGGAGACAGAUGUGCUUUUGGUGUUGACUGGACAGAUGCAAAUGGAUCUUGAUGAGAUCGAAAUGAUGUUGAACUUUGUGAUUCAACUGGAUGUUAUCAAUGCUCGAGCAACUUACAGUCUUUCUUUCGGAGGUGCAUGUCCUGAUAUAUUUCUACCUGAUUAUGAGACUGGAUCUUUAACUCCUGAAGACUGGUCGGAGGAGAACAAGAAGUUGAAGGCAUUAUACCCGAAAAGAGAGUGGAUAUUGUAUUUGCCUAAAACUUAUCACCCUUUAUUACUUCAGCAACAUCGGCAAAAUGUAAGGAAGGCCAGAAAGGAUGUUAGUGAUGCUACUGCUGUAAGUUACGUAGGGCCAAAUGCCAGUACCUCGCUAUCUUUUAUUGUAUUUGCAGGUCUUCAUGUUUUAUCCUCUGAAUCUGCGCGAAUUCCGUGGUUUGAUUCUGUUUUUGCUGAUGUUGGUGAUGAGCAGUCUCUGUCUCAAUCUUUAUCUACCUUCUCAGGACACCUAAAGCAAAUAAGUGACAUUCAGUCACAUUCAACAAGCAGAUCACUGGUGCUGUUAGAUGAAGUAGGAGCAGGAACAAAUCCACUUGAAGGAGCAGCGUUGGGGAUGUCUCUGCUGGAAGCUUUUGCAGAAAGUGCUUUGUUGACAAUAGCGACCACACACCACGAAGAACUUAAAACACUUAAAUACAGCAAUGCUGCCUUCGAAAAUGCUUGCAUGGAGUUUGAUGAAGUUAAUUUAAAGCCGACUUAUAAGAUUCUCUGGGGAAUACCAGGUCGCUCCAAUGCAAUAAAUAUUGCUGAAAGAUUGGGAUUACCCAGCGUGGUUAUUGAUAAUGCUCGAGAAUUAUAUGGUGAUGCUAGUGCAGAGAUUAAUGAGGUUAUAAUCAGUAUGGAAAGGUUCAAGCAAGAAUAUCAAGAGCUUUUACAUGAAACAAGAAAAUAUUUAAUGCUCUCAAGAGAUCUUCACGAAAACCUUUUGCUGACCAAAAAGAAGAUCAUGGAGCAUAGCAUUGAUCAAAGACAGAAGAAGAUGAGGGAAAUUUCUGCAGCUGGUGCAAGAGCACGUUCUCUCCUCCACAGGAAAUUACAGCAGCUUCGUGCAUCUUCCCUACAACGGACUCAAUUAACUGCAGUGGCCAAAGGUCAAAAAAGAUUGUCAAGUUACAACCAACAUGUUGCAAUUGACAAAGAGGAAUAUACUAAAAGUUCAUCAUCCCUUGAAGUUGUCAAGCAAUCACCACCAGAGAGUCCAGUAAAGAGAACUGAGCUUCCUAAGGUUGGUGACACGGUGCUUAUUUCCUCCCUUGGGAAAAGGGCAGCCAUUCUGAAAAUAGAUCCGUCUAAGGAAGAAAUUGAAGUCCAAGCUGGCAAUAUGAAGCUGAAGUUGAAAUUAGCAGAUGUUGAAACCUGAAAGGGAUAUACGAGAAAGGAUCAAUCACGUGGAUGGCUGAAACAUUUGGAAAUCAAAUUUGAGGAAUCAAGAAAAUUAUUUCAACCUACUGUUCGGUAUGUUAGGUUCAGGAGCGAUUAUCCAGGAUGCAAAUAAAGGUAUUGAUGGAGACUUGAGAGAUUUGAUCUGGAAAGGUACUUACAACAAAAACUCAUUAUUUUUCUAAAACUUUUUAUAUUGAUGGAAACCUGAUUCUGUUUUGUUUCCAUAAGUUCUUUUUCACGUGCAAAGGUGAUCAGUGUCACCAUAUAUAAUAAUACUUAAAAUAACGAUAUCAAAUCUGUGUGAUUGCAGCAAAAUGCCAUCUGUGUUGUAAAUCAAUGCUACUUAAUGUGAGAUUAACCCAGAAGGGAUUCUGAAAGUUCUUACUUAGGAUGGUGUAUUUUUACACUUCA